AUGUCCGACUACCCACGCGAAGACGCCUCUUGGCUCAAUCACUGGUGCUCGACGGUUCUCCAGGUGCUAUAUACACCUGCGCUAGCAACCAAUGAAAUCGAAGGUCUUGUCACUCAAGUUCAGUCUGGUAUGGUCCCUGGUCAUCUGGUUUCAAAGUGCCCCUAUUGGCUCAUGUCGUCGUGCACAGACCACCGAGGCACACAACUGGAACUUUCCUUCCGCGCUGGCCCGUCUCGUUCCAUCCUGGCGUCGCCUCUGAAUGGGCUCUUGAGCUCGUUUGAGCUGGCCGGAGCUCGUCGUGUUGCCACGUGA